CCUCUCUCUCACCCCUAUCUUUCAGCUCGUCCAACCCCAUCAAGAAAGGAGAAGGAAGCUCUCAAACCAUCCUCCAUAGCCACCAAAUUCGAGCUCAAGCAUAAGUGCUCAAAGAAGAAAGAUUAAAGAAGGAAAAAGGCUAGGAAAAGUGUGUAAAUUAAGGAACUUGUGAAAGGUAUUUCAAGUGAUUUCACAAGGUUGGGAAAGUCGCCGGAAUUGUCGCCGGAGUUGACCAAAAGUCGCCGGAGUUUCACCGGAGUUCAACCAAGAAGGGUAGAACUUCAUAACGCUAAUUCAAGGUUGAAGCUCAAGUUGCUAUUCUCACCUUGCUCGGUGAAGUGAUCCAAAGGGAGACGUGAAAUGGAGGGUAAGCGAAUGGCAACAAGGAAUGACCCUAAGGGAGAAGCGUCGGUAGCUUACCUUGAGGCUAGCCGGGCUGUGUCACGAGCCUUUACGGGGAGAGGAAUAGGCCAUGGGGGCCGUGAGGGCCGCCAAGCGGCAAGCGCUAAUCAAGUGGGCUCGAUGUGUAACAUGAACACCAGGAGGAAAGAACGUAGGCGUCAGGCGAGGCGAGAUCGGGCCACCUCCCAACGUGAUAUGACUGUCAGCCAAACCCAUCCUUGGGCAAACGACCAAGGAGGAGAAAGCACUCUUACGGCACCGGCAUCACCGGUGAAAAAGAAAAGGACCUCAAGGUGGCAUACGUCCUUUCCUUACUCUUUCAGACCAUCCAAAUGUUCGAAUUGCUUUAAGAAACAUUUCGGAAAGUGCAACGAGCCCCCGAUGUGCUACGAAUGUGGGAGCACAACCCACAUGAAAUUAAGUUGCCCAUGGAGGAGGCAACGAGAGACAUCACAAGCCAAGGAAGGGCUCACCGUGGAAGGAAACCAUACGGAACCAACGGCGAGCAACGCUACGUCCGUCAAUCAAGGCAGGGCCCAAGCACGAGACUACGCGAUGACCGAGGCGGAUGCGCGGGCAAACCCGGACUCCGUCGCAGGUUGAAGCUCAAGUUGCUAUUCUCACCUUGCUCGGUGAAGUGAUCCAAAGGGAGACGUGGUUCGUGCUUCCUUUAAUGUUUUAAACUACAAACUUGCUCAUGGAUAUUUUUGUAAUAAAUACAUUUGUUUUGGGCCUGCGUGCCUACGUUUUGGCCAUGUGUGGCCCACGAUUGAAUAUUGAAUAUUUCCGCUAUUCGUUCAAUCCUAUUGCGUGAUGUUGUUAUGUAUGUUUACUUACUGAGUAUGGUAUGGACUAUGUUCAUGGACGCCUUGUUUGACUAAGUCACGUUGACUCGCGGGUGACGUCAUUUAGUCAUACGGCGGUUGUACACGCGCUCAGAUGCGGUCUGGGGCGUGACAUUCCCUGCGUAAUUGUAGUAGCCUAAUAUAUAACAAAUGAUUAAUUUAUCCGGUUUUUUUAAUAAAGGGCCGGUUUCGAUGGACUGAAGCACAAGGCCCCGAUAUUCUUAGAGCCUAUAAUGAUAGGAUUUCGAAUUGGCUACUUUUAAUAAAGGGCCCACUUUUAGGCGUGCCUGAGCGCGUGGUGUGCAGCCUAGAUGGUGUUCGGAUGAAGUGUGGGCCAACCUUUGUCGCCACUGGUCUUCGGAUCCUCACUUCUUGGCCAGAAGUGAAACCGGUAGGAAAAACCGGAUGUCCGAGAAGGCAUUGGAGACACAAUGGCACAGGGGUCGCAAACCUCAGAGUAAACAUAGAGAAACUCUUGCGGGGCCUGAGAAGAAGAAGGUCUCGAUCCUCAAGGUCAUCAAGCAUUGUUGGACAAAGCACGGCGACGAGUCGGAAGUCGAUCUUCCACCCCGCCUCACUGAAAUCGAAACGAAGUAUAACACAAAUGUUGAGAAGAAGCGUGCGGAAUUAGGCUUGACCCAGGAGGAUGAGAUCGAUUCUGAUGUGGAAGAUGAUGCGAUCACUGAGGCAGCUGGGGUGUGUAAGGGUCGGGUUCCGUGCAUGGGGGCUGAGAGGCAGCGGAUUUUGUAUGACCGCAGCGGCAGCGAAGCUUCAUCUUCUCGAUCAAGGCGGAGAGAGGAUCCACGCAUCGCCCAAAUGCAGCGAGAAGUGGAGGAGCAGCAGCGGGCAUUAGAGCAGCAACAGAAGGAGGAAGAAACAAGCGCCCGGCUGGAAGCGAUGGAACGGAUCUUAAACGUCGGUUAUCAGCCUCCGCCUCAGCCUCAUCCUCGACCGUACAUAUUGCACCCUGAGCAGACUUCUCAAGUUCCGUACAUGGGCAAUAUGGGUUAUCAUUCUAACUCCGGAUAUGGUAGCAUGCCUACGAUGGGGCCGACAUUCGGAUCUCUGUCGUAUGAUUUCUUGAAUCAAUUUCAGUCAUCCGGAGGACGCAGCCGUGGAGCCAGCCGAGGACCCAGCCGAGGAGGCAGUGGAGGAGGCAGCUGAGGAGAAACCCGACCCGAAGACCCCGUGGAGCCCGAAGAGGAUGAUUAUCUUGUUUUUUAUGACAAUGAUGCAUAUGAUAAUGAUGAUCCUAAUUUUUAUCAUAAUGGAGUCCGACGGCCGGCAUGCAAUAAUACAUUUUUAAGUUUAAAAUUUCAUAUUACCUUUAUAAUUCCAGUCUCUAAUAACUUUUAUUAAGUUUGUUGUAUG